CCUGGGCCGGACCCGCUCCCGGACCGGCCCGCCGGAGAGUGCAGAAAUGUCUCCCUUCGAAAAUAAAGGACUAAUACUGGGCAUAAUGGCAGGGACUGCUGGAAUAAGCCUGAUGCUGAUCUGGUACCGUAAGAUCCGAAAACCCGGUGCAGCUGUGCAUAUACCUGCAUUCCUAGAUGUAGGUAACAGGCUUAAUUCUGUGGGCUUGCAAAAUGAAGCUCCUAAUGAGCAAGAAGCAGUAAUGGUUUUACACGGAAGGCAACUGCAGAUACUAGAAAAAUUGAAUGGUUUGCUAGUAAGUGUGGACGAACUGAAGAGAGAGGUGAAAUUUCUGAAAGAAGCUAUUCCAAAGCUUGAAGAACUUGUUCGAAAUGAGCUUCAAGGGAAGGGAGAUGUUCAGAGAGUUAGCCCAUCGCACAGAGCAACAAAGCGGAGAAAAGCUGAGACAGCUUCUGGUGCAACAGAAACUACCAGCUCUGAGGAGGCGGAAAGUGAAGGAGGUUAUCUUACAGCUCAUACUGAUUCUGAAGGAGACUCCGAGGAAGAAAAGGGAUGUAUGAAAUCACCCAAUGCCAUUGUGAAAUCAGAAGAAGAAGAGUUAUUUGAUCUUUUACAGCAGGUGGACAAUUUGCACAAGGGUUCAGAGGGUGACAAAAAGGAGGGCUUCAGACUGCUCCUUGAGAAAGAUGAUGAGUAUGAAGACUGUGUGGACUUCCUUUGGAGACUUGCACGUGCUUAUGGAGAUCUGUUUGAGAUGACUACUGAUGCUGAGGAGAAGAGGAAAUAUGUUGCUGAUGGAAAGAUUAAAGCUGAAAAGGCUGUUCAGCUGGAUGCCAGGAGUGCUGAGAGUCACCAGUGGUUUGCAAUUAUGUGUGGCUAUAUGUCUCAGUUUGAAAGUGUACAAAACAAAAUCAGGAAUGGUUAUCUCUUUAAGGAGCACCUAGACAAAGCAAUUGAACUUAAACCUCAAGAUCCUUUUUUAUAUUACCUAAAUGGAAGAUGGUGCUAUUCAGUAGCUCAGUUGUCUUGGAUUGAAAAGAAAGUAGCUGCUGCGCUCUUUGGGACUCCACCAACUUCAACAGUAGAAGAAGCAUUGCAGAAUUUCCUUAAGGCAGAAGAAAUGUGUCCAGGAUAUUCCAAAUACAAUUAUGUGUAUUUGGCAAAGUGCUAUAAAGAUCUUGGCCAGAAAAACAAUGCACUGAAGUACUGUGAUGCUGCACUGUCAGUUCUCUCAGUUACUAAUGAGGAUAAAGAGGCCCAGAAAGACUUAGAGGCUUUACUUCUUACACUGCAGCUGUGAUACUACACACUUUUUAACUCUUCACGCUGUGAUAAAAUUGCAAAACUAAAAUGAGAAUCUAUAGUGACUGGGAACUGCGGGUGACUUCCAGCUAAGUCAAUGGGAAAACUGUCAUUGAUUUUGAUUGGCUUGGAUCAUGGCCCUUAAGCAUCUGGUGAUUAUGAUAUGAAAAUGAUGCAUUCAUUUUUGAUUAUUUAUAAUCUUGUACUGAAGUUUAAUUUUAGAUUGCUGACACUGUGAGUCUGAUUCUCUGAACCUGAAGUCCACUGCUGGCAAUGGACAUACUGGGGGUUAGAAUGCAAAAUGCAUAAAUCUCACUCUUUGAAAGAUUAAUCGACUAGUAUGUGAUGCCAGCAUAGAACUGUGUGUAGCAAAAACAAACAAACAAAUGUUUCUAUAGUAAAUUAUAUUUGUAUCAACUAAUUUACACAAAUAUGUACAGAAGAAAAUAAUGAAUGUUUAUGUUUACACAUCUCUCUACUCUUAUAAAAUUAGAAUCUUGUUGAAGUUAAAGAAAAUCUGUUGCCUCCACAAAGCUCUUUUUACUUUAAACCUACUGUUGGUUUUACAUGGAAAUGUGAAAACUUUAUAAAUUAAAUAUUAAAGUUAUAUUUUAUUUGUAACAUCAAG